UCUAUAGUGUGAAGUUGCGUAUUCGUCGUGGGUAUGGUUAUUAUGACAGUUUCAUUAUAAUUUAUUGUUUGGAUGUGAGUUUAAGAAGUGUUUCAUAUUUAAAUAAGAAACAAGAUGGAAAUGUGGCUCAGAACUGCCCAUCAAAAAGUACCUUUAAAAGUUAAAGAUAAGUGACAUAUAACUGAAAUGAAAUUUUUUUGCUACUUAUGGAUUCCGUGCUAGGAGGGUCGAUUGCGGGUGGUUGAAAUAGAUGGAGGAAAACAAAAACAUAAAACCGCGAGUUCGUUCGAAUUCUGCAAAGGUUUUAUUCUUUGAAGACUCAACGAACAGCAGCAACCGCUCAAAAUGUUUUACAGAAACAAAUUGUGCUUCAAAAACGUCAAAUGUAUUACACCCAGACACCAAUCCUUCAACUGUUUCGAAUUUAGUCCGUAUAAGAAGUUCAACAUUAGGAAAAUCUGCCCCAUCUUUAUCAGCUUCAAUGAAGGAUUUAGGUGUUAAUCGGCGUAAUAGUCGUCCAACUCCAGUUCAUAGACUGAGUUUAAUAGCCAGUACAUCUCCUACAUUACCUCGAUCUCAUUCUCCUGUAUGUGGUAGCCCCAUUGAUAGUCCAAGAACUCAAGCAAGCUUUCUCAAUUUCCAAUUUGCUCCAAUAAGAAGGGUUUCAUAUGAUAGAAUUCCAAGUGGAAAAGGGGAUGGAAGAAGAUGGUCAGUGGCUUCAUUACCAUCUUCUGGAUAUGGCACAACACCUGGGAGCUCAAAUAUGUCUUCGAAAUGUUCGAGCCAAGAAAGGCUUCAUCAAUUUCCAUUGGUACCAACUUCGGAUGAUAUGUGCAUACUAUCGAAUCACUUCUCUAGUAAUGAAAGCAAUGCGUCUUUGCCUUGCCGAAGUUACGAAGAAAAUAGCGGUGCUCAUAGAUCGCCUUUGCAUCGCCCACGUUCUCGUAGUUUGAGUAGUCCAAGUCAUUCUCCCAUCCUUGACACUGAAAUAUCAAUGAUGAAUACUCUUUAUAAAGAAAGAUUUCCAAAGGCAACACGUCAAAUGGAAGAAAGGCUGGCGAAUUUUAUAGAAGAAAAUAAAGUUUUUGAAAUUGGGAAAGACUGUGAUUCAUUGCCGAUAGUCCGUUUUGUGCAUCACCAAGUUAUUGAAAUGGCAAGAGAUUGUCUACAUAAGUCACAAGCGAAAUUAAUUGCAAGUCGCUACUUUUACGAAAUGUCAGAAAAUUUGGAAAGACUCUUAAAUGAAACAAAGGAAAAAUCGGAAGAAGCUGCAUCACAGUUGACAGGAAUUAUUAAAAAACUUCUUUUAAUAAUCUCAAGGCCAGCGCGGCUUUUAGAAUGUUUAGAAUUUGAUCCAGAAGAAUUUUAUCAUUUCUUAGAAGCUGCAGAAGUUGAAGUUAGAAAUCUCCAGGGUAUAAAAGAAGACUUACCCCAGUAUAUUAUACAGAAAUUGGGGUUAAAUCGUGAUGUUAUUACUGAAUUACAACAAGAACUUCAAGACUAUCAAAUACCGUCCAUAAAUAAGACGGAUGCUUCACUCUGCCUUACAUCCACUCCGAGCUGUAAAAAGUGGACUAAUAAACCAAACGAACAAGAUUUUGAAGUUGUCAAACUUAUAUCUAAUGGCGCUUAUGGUGCAGUGUAUUUGGUGAAACAUAAGCAGACUAGACAGCGUUUUGCAAUGAAAAAGAUUAAUAAAAAUAACCUGAUCCUUAGAAAUCAGGUAGAACAGGUUUUUGCUGAGAGGGACAUUCUUAGCUUUGCUGACAAUCCGUUUGUUGUAAGCAUGUAUUGUAGUUUUGAAACGAAAAAACAUUUGUGUUUAGUAAUGGAGUAUGUCGAAGGGGGUGAUUGUGCAACUUUACUAAGAAACAUUGGCCCUUUACCACCUGAUAUGGCCAGGUUUUAUUUUGCAGAAACAAUCUUAGCAGUUGAAUAUCUUCACAGUUAUGGAAUUGUUCACAGAGAUCUUAAGCCUGAUAAUCUUUUGAUCACUGCUUUAGGACAUAUUAAAUUAACUGAUUUUGGAUUAAGUAAAAUGGGAUUGAUGUCAUUGGCUACUAAUUUAUAUGAAGGGUACAUUGACAGCGAAACAAGGCAGUUCUCUGAUAAACAAGUUUUUGGAACACCCGAGUACAUUGCACCAGAAGUAAUUUUACGCCAGGGGUAUGGAAAACCAGUGGACUGGUGGUCAAUGGGAAUAAUUUUGUACGAAUUUUUAGUAGGAUGUGUCCCAUUUUUUGGUGAAACUCCUGAAGAAUUAUUCGCUCAUACAGUCAAUGAUGAUAUAGAAUGGCCUGAUUCUGAAGAUUGGCCUGUUCAAGAAGAAGCAAAGAAUCUCAUAACUGCACUUCUUCAACAUUCUCCCAGAGAUCGUUUGGGUAUAGGGGGUGCUCAUGAAGUUAAAGAGCAUUUAUACUUCAAAGGCUUAGAUUGGAAUUCAUUACUGAGACAGAAAGCGGAGUUUGUUCCUCAACUAGAAAACGAUGAAGAUACAAGUUAUUUUGAUACACGACUCGAUCGUUACAAUCAUGAUUUGGGUGACGAUACUGAUGACACUGACGAUUCUCCUGUUUUUGGUUUAUUUUCUUCUUGUUCCCCACAAUAUCGUAAAGUUCAAAGAUCACAAAUAAAUCUAACAUCCGAUCACGAACUUCCAACUGAUUUGGUUCGAAUAACCACAUUAACUGCUUCUACACCUGAUAUAUCAUCUGAUACGCUACAAGAUAUCAAUAAAAUUAAACUUAAAUCCACAAAUAUAUUUUUAACGCCCGAAAAAGAACAUGCAGACUUCAGUUUGGUGGAAAGAAGAAAAAUUUCUUUAGAUCUUACAAGAGCCGUUAGCACGCCUGACUCAUCUCAAACAGAUAGCGAUGAUGUAUCACCUCAAAUUCAAAGGAAAAGGAAAACUACACAUGCAAGAGAAAUGUUACCUCGUUUUUCAAUUUCCGUUGAAGAUGAACAUAGUGGAAUGGAUACUGGAACAUCAUCUUCCGAAAAUAAUCGGGAGGUGUCUUCUAUUUGCCGCAGUCAGGGUACAAUAACACCAUUUUCUAAACAUCGAUCAAGAUCUGUUGUCAAGAGUGCAUCUACUUCUGGGCUGUCCCUUGUAAUACCAACAGUUUCAGACGAAUUUCAACCCCCUCCAGGAGUUAAUUCACCAAGUGGUGGUGGUGGAUCGAGCACGGCAAGUUCCAGAGACACGUCUCCUUGUCGUGAAUUAUCGCCUCUUGUUAAUAAUUUAAAACCUCCUAUAAUUAUAAGACGAGGACCUAAAGGAUUUGGAUUCACUGUUCACACUAUCAGAGUAUAUUAUGGAGACACUGAUUUCUAUACCAUGCACCACUUAGUAAUGGCUGUUGAUGAAGGUAGUCCGGCAUUUGAGGCAGGGUUACGACCAGCCGAUUUAAUAACUCAUAUAAAUGGCGAAGCUGUCCAAGGUCUAUAUCAUACGCAAGUAUUACAAUUGCUUUUGUCAGGUGUUGAACACGUGAGCUUGAGAGCAACACCAUUGGAACACACAUCGAUACAGAGUGGAGGUAGAAAAAGGGAACCUGGACAAAGUAAACUAGCCAAACGUAGUUUGCAUCGUCAGAGAAGGCAAAAAAAAGAAAAUGACAAAAGGAGAAAAACGUCGCUUUUUAGAAGAAUCAGUAGCAAAAGAGCCAGUGCUGAAAUCCAACAGAUGACAGCUGGUGUCCAGUCUCCUUUAACUGUAUCUCCAAGUCGCAGUUUCCAAUCAUUUUCUCGUUUAACUGAUGCGAGUUCAUUGUCAGUAAUAAGAACUCCUACUUCAAAUCGUUCCAGUCUUUCACCAUCAGAUUCUUUAGCUCAGCAGUCGAGUAGUUCAUCGUCUCAAACACCAUCAUCUGGUUCAUCUAGUCCUACUUCUUCAAAUUCAAGAAACAAUAAGCAGCAUUAUCAGAGACCGUCCACUUUGCAUGGACUUAAGCACAAGCUUCAUUCUUCAUCAUGUUCUAAAUCUUUGCACGUAGCCAAUCCUUCUUGUUCCAACGUUCCAAAUCGACGCAAAUCUGUAGGACAUAUACCACUGUCCCCUCUUGCUCGCACCCCUUCUCCAUCUCCAUUACCAGUUUCUCCAACACGUUCACCUAGUCCGUUAGCGUUCCCAGUUGGCCAUCAACCAGGCAGCUCCAACACUACUCAAUCAUACAGUCCUAGUUCAGGAGGGACUCCCGUCCCUGCAGCUCCAAAUCAAACGAAAAAGGGUUUCGCAAGACAUAAAAGUAGUGAACCGGGCUCUCCAUUGUUACGAAGAGCUUUAUCUCCAGAUAGAUUGCAUCCAAGAAGUGCAGAAAGUAAAUGUUCUCUGAUUUCGCCUUUGUGUUCUUCGGGGAAUUCGCCAGUGGUUAAAACUCAAAGAGCUAGUAGUGGAGCCAUCUGGCGUUCGACUUCAUCAUCUGACCGCGAAAAAGAAGAAGAAACAACGAACAUUGGCAGUGAGGGGAAUACCAACACCAGUAAUACAAGCUCUGAUAAUCGCUUAUCAUUGAAUUUAUCUGGCACAGAACCUUUGCCAAGAAUUGCAGAGGAGAAGGAUUCUCCCACAAACAGCGCCCACGAAUCUGCGAAACAACUUCAAGAAAAAACAUCUGGCGAAUGCUGUAAGAAGGCUAGUAAAGCGAAUGACUUAAAAAUGGAAAGUCAGAGUAAUAAAAAUGAUAAUAAAAAGGAAAGCAAAUUGGGAAAUGACAAUAAAGCCGGAAGAAAUGGAAAAUCUAAUCAUAAGUAAUUUUUUUAUUCGCAUUGGGUGUUGGGAUUUUACUGCUAGAAACACUGCUUUAACGAAGUUUUUGCUUUUAUCAAUAACAUCUCCACGCAAAUAUGAUAUUAUACCGGCUUUUCGCUUGAGAGAACAAACAUUAUGUAAGUAUUUGAGGGCAGUUAGUUAUGAGAUUAUAAAAUUUUUAGUCAUCUUAUUUAAAAAUUUAUUUUCUUUACAAGCAAAUUUGAUAUUAAAAUUAUAAGAUAUAUAAGGUACAUAAACUGCAUAUAUCUACAAUGCAUGUAAAAAAAAAAGUAUCGUUUCAGUAUUUUUAAAUUUUUUAAUGCCACAGUAAUCUAAAUUAAUUUUAGUGACGCCAAUUGAACUAUUUGGUUUAAAUUGAAGUUUUAAUUAAGUCAGUGAUGUGGCGCAUGUUUUAAUUUUAAUUGUUCGCUAAUAGCAUGAAUAACAUAAAUUAACAGCAAAUAAAUUAGCUCAUAGAAUAUUGUAGAUAUAGAUUCCCCAUAAAUUUGUAAAACGAACAUUUUCCGAUUAAUUAUUUGAUUAUUUUAUUAAUAUGCAAAUGGUUGAAUUUCUUUUUAUUUUAUAAUUCGGUGUAAUUAAAACGUAAAUUUAAAAUAAUUAACAAAUUCAUUCAAUUGAAAAAAAAUUCAAAUUGUCCAAAUAUAAAUGUUUUUCUGUAUGUGUAAUUUAAUAAUGAGUAAAACGUUAGUAGCGUUAGAUUAAUUAAAGAAAAAAAGAAUUCCAAUCAUUUGUAAGUUGCAUAAAAUCGGUUAAAACGUUGAAAAUACAUAUUUGCAAUACUAAAAAAAAAUAUUGACUUUCAGUGAUUAAUACUGUAGUAAAAAAAAUGAAAGUAUUGUUCAGUAAGACUUCAAUAGUAUUCAGUUUGUAGUGAUAAAUAAAUAGCGUCAAAAUAGGCACAAUUUUUAAAAUUUUAUUGUGUUUUAUGCCUUACGGAUAAAAAAUUAUGUUUUACUAUUUUGUUGCUUAAUUAUAAAUUGUUGGCUCUGUUUACAUAAUAAUGUAUUCUAGGAUGAUUUUAUUAAUUAUUGGUGCCCUUAAAGUCAUUUAAGCUAAGAUAACUUAUUUAUAAACUCAUAAAAAUCAGUUUAAUGUGAUCAUUAGUUCCCAUAUAUUUUUUUAAAGCGUAUUUACAAAAAUUAUUUUUUAAAUUUCAUUCACUACCUACAAAUUUGCACUUCAUUUUUCCCCAUAUUAAAUGCUGUCAUUUUUCUUAAUUAAGAGGAAUGUUAGUGUUUAGUUUUUGUAAUGUGAUGAAUGUGUGAUCUGUUUAGAAUAUUAAUGUAAAAAUUAAGACUUGGUUUAGAUGAGAGUUCUUUAAUUGUAUAUAACGAUACUUCUUACUUUGUGUAUAUACUUUUGUAUACAUAUUAUUUAUAUUUUUCUUCUGCAGUUGUGCAUUAUAAUGGUUAAUUGAUUGA